CAACGUAAAUGAGUGACGUCAUUUCUUUUGAUAAUGCGGGCGAAACCAAGAGACAAUGAAACAAUAAUCGAAUUCAACUAAAAUGGAUGGCUUUAAAUUAGUGGUCGUAACCACAGUAAUACUUUGUCUAUACGCUGAUGGGAUAUAUGGACAAUGCUUUUACACAGGCCUGUGUUAUACGGAGCACGACAAGGGCGUGUCCUAUCGUGGUCACGUGGCCACGGGUGUGAACGGUAGCGCGUGCGUUCCGUGGAACCGGCACCUCCACCACGUUACCCCGGACAGGUUCCAGUUUGAAGGGUUGGAGGCCAACUAUUGUAGGAAUCCCCGGGGCUCCAGGUCGGCCCCCUGGUGCUACACGGCAGCUAGCGGUAACGAGGAGGACAGUUGGCAACUCUGCAGCGUCCCACUGUGCGAAGGCUGCAUAUUCCGCGGCGUGAAUAUGAAGGAGGGAGACAAGUUUCAUGACGGAUGCUCCGUGUGCGUCUGUCAAGCAAACGGUAUCCGAUGUCUAGACUGUCCGGGACCAGUGUUCACAAACACGAUGGGUUGUUACGUGCGAUACAACCAGACGGAACAUUUCCCGCGCUGCUGUCCGAAGAUCGUCUGCUACGCAAAGGACGCCGAGUUCAAUCUGAACGAGUACUUCGACUACUUGAAGAAAGUGCUGCCCUCGCGCGUGGAGGGUCCUAUGACGUCAUCGGUGACGUCAGCACCACUUGCGCAGCAGACGCCCACGCCGCAAACAUCGUCUGCUAACAACAUUCUGCCGUAGAAUGUAAAGAAUUAACGGAACAAAGUUUAUGUGAGUUGUUGAAAAAGUUGAUUUUGUGAUGGUAAUGUGAUUAAAUAAUUAUUUUCGGAACACUUUCAAAACAAAUGGUGCGACACAAAAGAGUUAGCCUAUCGCUUCAUGACUGUAUUUUAAUAACAGUCAUGCAACUUGUUUUUGAAACAUCACAAAACUUUAUAUUAAUGCGCAGGGACUGCAUGAUUUGUUGAAAAAUUGUUUUAAUUUUUCAAUUUUGUUUCUUAUGAAUUACAGUUUCAUCGAAACGCUAUUAUCUUUCCAAAAUCGUGAAACGAUUAUAUAUAUUAAAUACACACACAACCAACUGGAAGGAAUUGCAAAAUCAAUUCUUAGACAAUAAAACAACAACACUUAAACUGACGAAGAUGAACGAAUAUUUUUUUCGUUUGCGAAUGACACAAAUUCAUAAUUAUUUAUGAAUGCAGAAUGUUUUUAUUAUGAUUUGUGAAUAAGAAACACACACCAAAGUAACAUUGUUUUGUAGCAUUCAAUAGUUUAAUGAAUACCGAUAGCUGUUAUUCCUAAAACUUUACUCAAUGAACAGGUUAUAGGCGGUGACUUUGCAAAAUGUUUUAGUCUAAAUGCAUUGAAUACAUUUUGUAUUGAAUCAAAUAAAAAAAGUCAAAUUUGGAA